AUGAAUAAACAAGUUAGGCCAGUGUUCACACUGGAAUUAGGUUAUAAAAUAAUACCAGCACUUGUGACAAUUGGUAAAUAUGACGGAACGCAUCCGUGUAUUACCGCAGCUACUAACACAGACAAGAUAUUAAUACACAGUCCUCACAGAAAAAACGCACCAAGUAUUGGUAAAAUUGUUUGGUCAGAAUCUAAUAAGGAAAUAGCAACUCUAAACAUUAACCAAAACAUUACAGCUCUAGUAUCAGGACAACUUAUUCCAAAUGAAGAGAACGACGUUCUUAUAAUUGGUACUGCUUCACAUUUACUAGUGUACCACGUUCACGACAACAAAGACAUUUUCUACAAAGAAUGCGAAGAUGGAGUUAAAUCUGUUGCUCUUGGUCAAUUCAAGACAUACAAGACUCCUGUAAUUAUGGUGGGAGGGAAUUCCUCAGUUCAUGGUUACGACCACAAGGGUGACGAGAUAUUCUGGGUAGCUAUAGGUGAUAUGGUGACCUCAAUAAUGUUAAUGGAUUACAACAAAGACGGGAAUAAUGAGCUUAUAGUUUGUUCUGAAGACUUUAACAUCAGGAUCUACAAGGGGGACCAAAUUAUCGCAGAACACAAUGAAACAGAGGUGGUUACUGGAUUGAUUUCACUCGCAGAGAACAGAUUUGGAUACUCGGUAUCAAAUGGUACUGUUGGAGUAUAUGAGAACAGUCUAAGGCUAUGGAGAAUUAAA